AUCUUUCUUGCAGAUCAAGAAUUUACGUUCAUGAAGGACAGGUGGCAGAAUCUGAGAAGCGAGUUCUCCUGGAGCGAAUAUUUCCCAAACAUUCCCGUUAAGGGGGCCUACUAUAAAUAAGAUCACCCAUACGACGUCGUGUAAGCUAUCCUCCGAAGAAGCGAAUGGAACUUCUCUGACUACCUACUACUAGCUUCAUAACCCUCUCUAAAACCUUCCUCAUUUCCUGCCUGCUUAGACCUUCUCUCUGUCGCCCCCCGCCCUCCCUCUCUAAGAGCCGUUCAUUUCUUCGACCUCCGGUUUUGAUUUUUCUCAAACAAUGUAAGUGUAUGCGCCGUCAUUUUCGUCACAAUUCUGAACCGAACUCUCCGUUUGAAGAUUGCAAGAUUUUUUUUUUUUUUUCCUGAAAAGUGAUUUACGAUUCGAUUUCUCUAGUUAUAGGUUCAUAGACCUUUUGAGUUUUAUGAGAACCAAUUUUAUUCAACUUAAUGCGAGUCUUGUUCUUGUGACUCUUGUCGAUGUGUUUUACGUAACAAGUUUCUUGCAUAUGAUAAAGAUUUUGAUCUUCGAUUUCGGGAGCUGAUGUUGUUGUAUUGAAUUUCUUUUUAUUAUUAAGUGUCUAAUACUUAUGUUUUCGUCGCCUAAUUCUGAAAAUUUGAGGUUGAUAAUUAGAUAUCUGGAGUUCCUUUUAGUUUUUUCCCCGAUCAAAUUCCCUCUAAAAUUAUAUUAUUAGUUUUAUCAUCGCUUGGAAGUAUUUAUUUGAGUUUCGCUCUUUUUGUUGUAUUUCAAUCCAAGGAAAAAACGAUUACAAGUUUUAACAAUUUUAUUAAUAUCGUGUAGACUGGUUACCGUUUCAUAUUUUAAUAUUUAAUUUUCAUAAUGAAUUGCAUUUUCGCGCUUCCUAUCUUCUCUACAGCCGAUUGAAAUGUAAGGGCUAGGUUUUCCUCUGGGCGUUUGGUAUUACUUAAACUCGUCUGAUAAUCGCUCAUAUUUGGGAUUUUGUUGUUUUCAAAUCAAAGCCUCUGUUCGGGGUAAGAGAAAAAGGGAGACAGUUCUGUGUCUCCUGGGUUGAGAAGAACAUUGAGCUGCUUACCUUGGUGGUUUAUUGAGAAGUGUGAAUGAGUUUCUGUUGGUGAAGAUAGAGGAGUUGGAUAAUGGCUUCCAGAGCAAUAUUGAGAAGGAAGAGGUUCAUUUCUGAUUAUGUGAAUGCCUCCACUUGCUCAAUUCAAAGUUUCCCAUGUAUCAGUCACAGGCAUACUAUGCAUAAUUUCGAUUCACGGAGUUCUUGGUCUGGUGACCCUGCUACUUAUUUUAGUUGUGUGAAGGAUAGGGAUAAAGUUUCGGUGGCAAGAGAGGGAUUAUUAAGCUUGUCGGUUCUUGGAAAACUUAGGCAUAGCUGUUAUAGAAAUACAAUUUCAGGUUUUGGGAAUGGAAGGUCUGAAUACGUUUCUCUAAUGGACAUGGGAUUGAUGCCACAGUCAAUUCGAAAUGCUUCAACAGCUGCAGCCAAACAGCCCGAAAGGGGCAGUGAUGAUGAGGAAAAUGAAGAAAUGGUUGCUAAAAACAGAAAGGAAGCAUCUCCAGAGGAAUGUGAUCAAGCUGUCGAAGGUUUGAGUAGUGCAAAAGCCAAAGCGAAGGCCAAACAGUUGCAAGAGCCUCAGAGGGUCGCUAAAUCAGGUUUGCAUAGAGUCUGGGCCACAUUUUUGGGGAUUGGUCCUGCUUUGCAAGCUGUAGCUUCUAUGAGCAGGGCAGACUGGGCCAAGAAACUUGUUUUCUGGAAAGAUGAAUUUAUAUCAACAUUGCAACAUUAUUGGUUGGGUACUAAGCUACUCUGGGUUGACAUGAGGAUCAGUUCAAGAUUGCUGUUAAAACUUGCUGGUGGAAAGAAUCUCUCUAGAAGGGAGAGACAACAACUAACACGAACCACAGCAGAUAUUUUUAGGCUAGUUCCUUUUGCAGUUUUUAUCAUUGUUCCAUUCAUGGAACUUCUAUUGCCAGUAUUUCUGAAAUUAUUUCCCAACAUGUUGCCAUCAACUUUUCAAGAUAAGAUGAAGGAGCAGGAAGCAUUGAAAAGGAGGCUAAAUGCAAGAAUGGAAUACGCCAAGUUCCUUCAGGACACUGCGAAAGAAAUGGCAAAGGAAGUUCAGAACUCACGGAGUGGAGAAAUUAGAAAAACAGCAGAAGAUCUUGAUGAGUUUCUGAACAGGGUUAGAAGGGGCACCCUUGUUUCUAAUGAAGAAAUUUUGGGCUUCGCUAAGUUGUUUAAUGAUGAACUUACUCUAGAUAAUAUCAGCAGGCCUCGGUUACUUAGUAUGUGCAAAUACAUGGGAAUCGACACAAAAUUAUUCAAAUUUAGUUUUACGGAUGCACACUUACGUUACAUGCUCCGGAAAAGACUCCAGCGGAUUAAGGCUGAUGAUAGAUUGAUUCAAGCGGAGGGUGUGGAGUCCCUUUCAGAAGCUGAACUUCGUGAGGAUUGUAGGGAGCGAGGCAUGCUUGGAGAUCUUUCUGUGGAAGAAAUGCGUCAACAGCUUCGUGAUUGGUUGGAUUUGUCCCUCAAUCAUUCUCUGCCAUCGUCUCUUUUGAUCCUUUCCAGGGCUUUUGUUGUGUCCGGGAAAUUGAGACUAGAGGAAGCUCUCCAAGCUACAAUUUCUUCUCUGCCAGAUGAGGUUACAGAUACUGUUGGUGUUACAGCUUUGCCAUAUGAAGAUUCUGUGUCAGGAUGGAGAAGGAAACUGGAAUACCUUGAGAUGCAGGAAGAACUAAUCAAGGAGGAGGAAGAGAAAGAGGAAGAAGAGCAAGCCAGAAUGAAGGAAUCUAAAGCCAGUCAAGGGGAUCUGGCGCUGAAAGAGAUGCUCAAUCCUAUAGCUAGAGAAGCACAAGAACAAGCCAGAGAAAGAGCACUUGAAAAACAAGAAUACCUUUGUGAACUUAGUCGUGCAUUGGCUGUUUUAGCUUCUGCAUCUUCAGUUAGUAGAGAACGUGAAGAGUUUCUGAGACUUGUAAAUAAGGAGAUAGAACUUUAUAAUAGCAUGGUAGAAAAAGAGGGUACCGGUGGUGAAAAAGGUGCUUUGAAUGCAUAUAGAGCUGCCCGAGAGGAAAGCGAAAAUGCUGCUGAAGUGACUGAAGGUAAUGAGGUUUCAUCAGCACUCAUUGACAGGGUUGAUGCCAUGCUCCAAAAUCUUGAAAAGGAAAUUGAUGAUGUGGAUGCCAAGAUCGGUGAUCGUUGGCGAGUACUUGACAGAGAUUAUGAUGGAAAAGUUACUCCGGAGGAGGUUGCAUCUGCUGCUAUGUACUUGAAGGAUACACUGGGAAAGGAUGGUGUCCAAGAACUCAUCAGCAAUCUCUCCAAAGACAUUGAUGGAAAGAUUCUUGUAGAAGACAUCGUCAAGCUGGGUAGCAGGGCAGAGGAUGCAAAUACAGGUGAAGAUGGCCGUGUGUAGAGGGUAAUAUUCCAGCUGUGCCCUUCCUAUUCGUAGUUCUUUAUAGAUGCUGUCCAGUAAGCUCUAAAAUGGUUGUUGAGCAAUUUCGUCUUGCAUCUGGUUUCGAUGGUUAAUCUUCCUGAAGGAACAUACAUGCUUGCUAGUGCAGUAAAAUUAAAAGCUAACAAAAAAUAAAAUAAAAAAUACGAUGCAUGUAUUGCAGGGCACCGUAACACCAUUUUUGUACCAGGCAAUUGCAUGAGAUGAGAGCAAUAUUUGCCCGUCUACUAAAUCUAUGUGUUAUGUUGAAAUAAUGUUUAUGAUGUUGAACUGA